GCGCCCAUGCACACGAUCAGCCAGAAUUUUCGACGGCUUCUUGAAUCUGGACGUCCAUCGCGGUGACUCGCUGGGAUAGUUUAUAGACUCACCGACUCAUCGAUUGCUGGGUCACGGCAAUCGACAAGACCAUCAAAAGGAGGCCGUCGUAGCAAGACAUCAUUCUGUGGCCCACGUUCACAUUCUACCCUUCUCGACUCUCGAGAAUCUGUAUAUUAUCCCGCUGUAUCAGUACCUCUUCCACAACUAGAAUCAUGGCCGCUUCAAGAAACACUAUAGAACUUGCACAGACAGGCAAACGCGAUCACUUGAUAUCCCUCGAACGAAAAUACCAGGAGCGAUGGCAGAAUGAACGUAUCUUUGAAGUCAAUGCACCCACAGAAGAAGAGACCGCGGGGCUCACGCCUACUCAAAUCAAGGAGAAGUUUCCGAAAUGGUUUGGUAACUUCCCAUACCCAUACAUGAACGGAUCGCUGCACUUGGGACAUGCGUUUACGAUCUCGAAAAUCGAGUUUGCUGCUGGGUUUCAGAGGAUGUUGGGAAAGAGAGUGUUGUUUCCACAUGGAUUCCAUUGCACGGGUAUGCCAAUCAAGGCCGCCUCGGAUAAAAUCAUUCGCGAGAUUGAGCUUUUCGGCGAGAACUUCGAACGCUUCAACCCCGAUGCCGAAGAGGAGUCUCUAGAUGCUGCACCUGCACCGACGGAAAGCACGGCUGGUGUGCAUGGCAAACUGGACAAGGCAAAGAAGGGCAAGGUGGCUGCAAAAGCAACUGGCUUGAAGUACCAGUUCCAAAUUAUGGAGUCAAUCGGGGUGCCGCGUGAAGACAUCAAGAAGUUUGCGGAUCCCUACUACUGGAUGACUUAUUUCCCUCCCAUGUGUAUUUCGGACAACAACGCGUUUGGUUCACGUAUCGAUUGGCGUCGCUCUUUCAUCACCACCGAUGCCAACCCCUACUAUGACUCGUUCGUCCGAUGGCAACUCAAGAAACUCUACGCUAUGGGCAAAGUCAAGUUCGGCGAGCGCUACACCAUUUACUCCCCGAAGGAUGGCCAACCUUGUAUGGACCACGAUCGUGCGGAGGGUGAGGCUCUGAACCCCCAAGAGUAUACUGCUAUCAAGAUGGAAAUCGUGCAAUGGAGCGAUGCUGUCCAAAAGGUUGAUAUCGAUUCCAAGCUGGGCGGACGGAAAGUGUUUUUGGUUGCCGCAACCCUGAGACCUGAGACCAUGUACGGUCAGACGAAUUGUUUCGUGGGCCCGGAUCUGAAGUACGGCGUAUUCGCGGCAAAUGACAAGGAGGCGUAUGUCUGCACCACAAGGGCGGCAAGAAAUAUGGCGUUCCAGGGUACCUUCGAUGUUCAAGGGCAGGUCAAUCAGUUGUUUGAGCUUCUUGGAUCCGCGAUCGUUGGUACGAAGAUCAAGGCGCCGUUCGCUCUGAACCCUGAGGUCUACGUUUUGCCGAUGGAGAGCGUCUUGGCGAGCAAGGGUACUGGUGUAGUCACGUCUGUACCCUCCGACUCGCCGGAUGACUUUGCAACUCUCACGGACCUCAAGAAGAAACCAGAGUACUACAAGAUCGAUCCAUUGUGGUGUGCUAUUGACCCGGUACCGGUUAUCAGCACACCUACUUAUGGCGAGAUGACUGCGCCUGCGCUCGUGAAGCAAUUGAAGAUCCAAUCUGCCAAGGAUGCAAAGCAGUUGGCCGAGGCCAAGGAGCUGGCGUACAAGGAGGGAUUCUACAAUGGCACCAUGUUGAUCGGCGAGUUCAAGGGUGAAAGCGUGCAGGAUGCCAAGCCAAAAGUCAGGGAGAGUAUGAUUAAAGCUGGUGUAGCGUUCCCGUAUGCAGAGCCCGAAGGUUUGGUCAUUUCGAGAAGUGGAGAUGAGUGUGUGGUUGCGCUGAUGGACCAGUGGUACCUGGACUACGGCGAAUCUGUGUGGAGAGCCCAGACUGAGAAGUUGUUGUCCAAGUUGGAUACCUACGGUUCCGAGACAAGGAACGGCUUUGAAGGCGUGCUUGCCUGGUUGAAUAAGUGGGCUUGUGCGAGGACUUAUGGUUUGGGAACCAAACUUCCUUGGGAUCCUCAGUUCUUGGUCGAGAGUUUGAGCGACUCGACGAUGUACAUGGCCUACUAUACCAUCGCUCACUUCCUGCACAGUGAAUGGAACGGCAGUAAACCUGGCUCUCUGAACAUCACUCCUGACCAAAUGACGGAAGAGGUGUGGGAAUAUGUUUUCAGCAACGGGCCGUUCCCCUCGUCCUCCAUUAUCGCCAAGGAGAAACUUCAGAAAAUGCGUCACGAGUUCGAAUACUUCUAUCCCUUCGACAUUCGUUCCUCAGGCAAAGACCUCAUUCCCAACCACUUGACGUUCUGCCUUUACACUCAUGCCGUCAUGUUCCCUGAAGAGAAAUGGCCGUUGAGCAUCCGUACCAACGGACAUUUGAUGUUGAACGGUCAAAAGAUGAGCAAGAGCAAGGGUAACACCUUGACGAUGCGUCAGAGUAUCGAGAAAUUCGGUGCUGAUGCUUCGAGGGUGAGCUUGGCUGAUGCGGGUGACGGUAUCGAAGACGCCAACUUUGAUGAGAAGACGGCGAAUGCGAACAUUCUCCGCUUGCAUACUUUGAUGUUAUGGUGUGAGGAGAUGGUGCAUCAUGAUACUAAGUUGAGGCAGGGGGAGAAGAACUUCCAUGAUUCCGUCUUUGAGGAUGAGGUGAAUAACUUGGUCAACAUCACCAAGGGCCACUACGAUCAGUACAACUUCAAGGACGCGUUGAAGUACGGCUUCUACGAACUCCAAUCUGCUCGUGACUGGUACCGUGAAGUAACAUCUGACGUCGGCAUGCACCACGAUCUUGUCCAAUACUGGAUCCGUAUCGCAACCCUCCUUAUCUUGCCCGUUGCCCCCCACUUCUCAGAACACAUAUGGAGCACUGUCCUGAAGGAACCGAAGUCCGUGCAAUUCGCGCUGUGGCCAGAAAUCUCGAAGCCUGUCGACAGGACGAUCAUCGACGCUGGCGUAUACAUGCGCGACACAACAAAGACGAUGCGUGAUGCGGAGCUGUCUUUGUUGAAGAAGAUGAACAAGGGCAAGGGCGCACAGGCACCGUACGAUCCCAAGAAGCCCAAGGCGGUCAGGAUUUACGUUGCGACCAGGUUCCCCGAGUGGCAAGAUGGCUGUGUUCAAGUCGUGAAAGAUGCAUACGACCCGGAGAGAGAGAAGGUUGAUGAUGCGAAGGUUAGGGGGUUAUUGAUCCAAAGGGGCAUGAUCAAGGACAAGAAGGCUAUGCCCUUCAUCCAAGCAUUCAAAAAACGUAUCGCGGAGUUCGGCGCUACAACAGCUUUCAACCGAACUGUUCCUUUCUCUGAGGUUGAGGUAUUGCGGGAGUUCCUGCCUUACCUGAAGCGUACCCUUGGUCUCGUCGAUGCUGAGAUCUACUUCGCGGACGACGCCAAAGCCAAGGAGGAACCUGGUUUCACCAAGAACAUCAUUGACUCUGCGGAACCCGGUGCACCAGCGUUCGAAUAUCGGAAUGUCUGAAUAGGCCCCGUCGUUGAUUGCUGCAAAGAACGUAUCCACCCAUAUAUCAAGUAGAGUAGCUUCAUUUACAUAAGUUAUGUCAAGCAUUUCGUCACCUUAACCCAACGUUCGCUAUGAAUGGCUCGAUAAUGAGCAGCAGGUAUGUCACUUCCCGAUCGCGGUAUGGACUUGCCUAUGCAGGGAGAUACACAUACUGCUCCUACACAUACUUCAGCUCCCGAGGAUCCUCGUUGAAAGUAUUCCAUCUGCUUUCGGUACACUCUCGACCACAAGGUUCCUCAAUUCAGUGAAUGUACUCAUUCGACUCGUCUCGCUGAAGCUCUGUUAUAUCUUCUGGUAUGUGUCCAUGAUCUUGUUUAUUUCUUUAGUUCGUUCCAAAGUGCCAUCCUCAUUCCCCGGUUCCAGCAGUGUAUUUAUCGCCGUCUCUAAAACGCU